GCAUCUUAAACCUUUUUCCUAAUCAAAGGCUAUCCGGUUACCCUAAAAGUACGAAAAUGUCGGCCGACUCGUGCAUAACUGUCACACUUAUCAUUGCACUUCAUUUCUGCGGGAUUAUCACAACUUUUCUCCCAAUUUCUUCGAUUUUCCACGACAAUUUUGAAUAUUUGAAUGAAAUCUGGUUUUUGGUGUACUUUUACGGAUUCUGUGUGUACUCUAAUAUUCUGUAUUGGCUUUAUUUCGAGUUUGUGGAGAGAGCAGAUCACAGCUCCCGUCGAAUUCUGGUAUGGACAUUCUCGACAGCUAACGGUAUGCUAACAUUUGCACGAUUUGCUCCACAAGUUUACUUUUUAUUUGGAUAUGGUGCAUCGAUUUUCUACAUCUUAUUUGUCGCCCUGAACUGUGUAUCCUCAAUUCUACAAUUCGGCUGCUUCCACGUAUACAUCACAAGUUACAAGUACCACAAAUACCGUGCUUUUUUUCGUGGCUGGUUUGUUCCAAUACUUAACUGUUUGAAUUUCGUCCUGGCGCUAAUAUUUCUGAUCAAUUUGAAUUUUAACGUAAUCUCUUUUUAUAUGGUCAAUUCUCUUAUUUUCUACUUGGCUAUUACUUUUUCCCUACUAUUUUUCAAGAAAAUAUUUUACGCCUGGAAAAGGUUUAAACAAGGAUCCCUUGCGUCGGAGUUCUUCAAUAAGUAUAUGAAUUUCAAGCUGCCCAAUAUUUUCCUAGAUGGAGUACCUACUGAAACUUGCGGAGCCUACUGUCGCAUCUGUCUUAAGAAGUACUCAGAAAACGACACCAAAAGUGUGCCUCGCUUCUUGUUUGCAUGCGGCCACACGUAUUGCGAUGAAUGCUGUAACACAAUUUUGAAGAAGAAAUCGGAAUAUUCUACAAAGUAUUUUUGUGUUUUUUGUGGCCAGCGAACGUUUGGAAGUAUUAGGAAGAAUUUUGCGGUGCUGGAGGCGAUGGAUGAUAGGAAACAUUAAUUUUUAGUUUGUUUUUGAGAUUAAUAAACUGUAAUGGAAAAUAAAAUGGCAUUUGACUGA